AUGGAAUGUUCAGAAUGUGGAGGAGCAACAACUUUUCAAAGAGCAAAGCUUCUCUUCAAAUGUACUAAGAAAAGCUGUAGAAAGAGCGUAAGUGCCAAGAAUGGAACUUUUUUUGGGGGCCAACGACUUCCUUUUGGUAAGAUUCUACACAUGGCUUACCUAUGGUUGUGUAGAACUCCAGUAACCUCAAUAAUGAGUCAAUGUGGACACAGUAGUGCUACUGUUUGCUUAUUUUUGAGCUAUUUCCGCCAACUUGUGGCGGAUGUCUUAGAAACCGAAGAAUGUGUUAUCGGUGGAGAAGUCAUCAUUGUGGAAAUAGAUGAAACCAAAAUAGGCAAACGGAAGUACCAUAGAGAGCACCCUGUAGAUAGAGUCUGGGUUCUGAGCGGUGUGGAAAAAACGACAGAAAGACGCGUUUUUGCUGUUCUUGUUGAAAAACGGGACAGUGAAACGCUUCCUGACGUCAUAAAAAAGCACGUCAAACCUGGCUUCAUCAUCCACACUGAUCUUUAG